ACCGGCUUAUCUCACCUGGUGAUUAUGGAAAAGAUGGCUGACAAUUUCUAUGUGUGUGAAGGAUGCAGUGUACCCCGUUGGCUACUAUAUGAAUUGUGUUUGGAAAGCUGCAGUCCAAAUUCCAAGCAUGCAGUAAAUUCAUCCACCUUGGGAAAGCUUAUUCGAUUAGUUUUCCCCAAUCUGGGGACAAGAAGGCUGGGCACAAGAGGGUGUACCAGGUAUCAUUAUUCUGGGAUAGCUAUCAAGAACAACUCUUCCUUUUAUGAACGUUAUUACUCUCUUCUGUCUGAAAAAAGUUAUCAAAGGCAGCACUCUCCAGCGGAAGGGUGCAGCUCUGCCUGUCAGCCGAGCACCUCUGCGGGCACUGGGAGAAACGCCGGCACUUCUGGAGUUGUAGCUGGUCACAAGAGCAAUGGCCUGAAGAAAAGAACAAAUUUGCACUGUUCUCCAUCUGUCAUUUCUCUGACGGUUGAACAAGAGAGAUCUGAGUACCUGUGGCCUCUAUUCAGCACAUCCUAUCCUUGGGAGAAAGAGGUAAGGAAGAAAUGCCCCAACGAAAUGGUUUUCCUGCUUGUCAAUGAGUACUACAGCCACUGUCAAGAUAUUUUACAUAUGGUGCGAAAUAACGAGCUUGACAAGGUGGGAGGCUGUAUGAUGUCAUUCUGGAAGUCUCUGCAGCCUGAAAGAACAGCGCUGAUGUCUUUGCCAGAUGUAUGCCAGAUGUUAAAAAGCUGUGAUAGGCAGCUAUUCAAGGACAUGGAGAACAUCCUUCUUCAUGAUUUCCUGGAGGAGGUGCCUGUGCAACACAUGAGGUCAGUCGUAUUGUUCAUUGAAAAUGUUGAGCUUUGGCUGCUCAAUUCUUUGCAAGAGUUUCCAUCACUGCUCCAAACACACAGAUCUCAAGAAUUUAAAAAGUUUAAACAAAGACUCAGGAGAAAGAUAGACCUUUCUGUCAUGGCCAAGUCAACAAGAAGAGUUUUGAACAGCAACAGCCAACUUGCUGUUCUGCGAUCAGACUUGCAUGCUGUCAUCGUUCAGGGAUUUCUGGAUGUGCCUGGAAACCUCUUUCAAAACAAGUUUAGUAAUCCGGAGGAGCUGCAGAAUGACAUAGAACUCAAAUGUUUGUACGACAUCGUAUCUUUGCUGGAACCUUCCACAGACAUUCAGGUUCUCCUGUACUGCCUGUCUUCAAAUCUUCAUGAUUUUGUCAUUCAGCCAAGCAGGAGUAAAGAGGAGUUUAGAAAACUGGCAUCGGAUUUCCAGUUGAGAUGGAACUUCCUACUGAAUGCAGUAAGCAAGGCUAUGACGCUCAACUACGCACACAGUUUUGGAUCCUGGUAUUUGUUUAAUUUGCUACUCAUGGAUUUUGUGGCUCAUGUCUUCCUGUCCUAUAUAGAGGAGGGAGAUGAAAGUUUCGAUGUCGCAAAGGAAAACAAGGUCCCUGUUCUGUGGGUUUAUGAGCCCAGCCAACUCUGGGGCUGUUUUGCCAUGAAGCAACCUCAAGCCGAUUCUCCACAGACAACUCUCACAACUCUGAUGCAGAACCAGAAUAACUUUGGAUUAAGCAACAUUUUUCCAGAGUUUUGA